ACACGUGCGUCAAUCUUUUCGCGAGUUUUUUUAAUAAACAAAUAAAAGUACUAAAUUUAACUGAAAACUUUAAAAAUUAAAGUGGAAACUUACCUUAUUUUAAAGUGAAAGCCGAAUUAAUAAUAAUGGAUACACAUGAUAUAUUUCUACAGUUGACAAGAGGAGCGAGGUUUAAUUCAAAACCUAAAACUGCAAUCAAAUCGAACCGACACACGACUGAUGAAAUACAAGAAAAGAAAACAGCACAAUCAACAAUUUCUACAAUAGCCAAAAGUGACGAAGAGGUUUCUCAUUCGGACGGCUUCAGUUCUGAAGAGGAAGAAGAGUCUUUUAAUUACGUCAAUGGUAAAGAUGAUAUUAAAAAAUUAUCGAAGAAACCUAAAAAGACAGUCACCGCAGAAGAAAGAGAAGCAAAACUUCAUGAAGAAAUGGUGACAACAAUUCGUAAAGAAAAUCUAAUUACUGCGCGUGGUAAGAAUAUUCCGGCACCUGUAACUACAUUUGAAGACCUAAAAAAUGAAUAUGGCAUGUCUGAUCGUCUUUUGCAAAAUCUCGCAACUGCCACUUAUUCGAAACCCACACCCAUACAAAUGCAGGCAAUGCCGCUGUUGUUACAGGGGCGCAACGUAAUGGCUUCAGCACCAACUGGCUCAGGCAAAACCAUCGCUUUUCUAGCUCCUAUUAUCAAUGAUUUGCGCAAGCCAAGUAAGUUGGGGUUCCGUGCGGUUGUGUUGGCACCUACACGCGAAUUGGCAGCGCAAAUUUAUAGAGAAUGCGUACAAUUGGCAAAUCAGACAGCAUUAAAAAUACACUUUCAAGCAAAAUCAAACAACAACAAUGAGACUUCUGAUAAUGCGAAUAAGAAGUAUGACAUACUUAUAUCCACACCAAAUCGCGUACGUUUUCUUUUGGAGCAAGAACCACCCGCUCUACAUCUAACUGAAGUCGAAUGGCUGGUCAUAGACGAGGCGGACCGCUUGAUGGAGGAAGGCAUAAAUAAUUUCAAAGACCAAGUCGAUGUUAUUUUAGCGGCUUGUACAAAUAAGAAAAAGAAGUUAGCACUCUUCAGUGCGACGUAUACAGUUCCAGUGGCUAAGUGGGCAAUAAAAAAUCUUCCCAACUUGGCGCGUGUAAUAGUUGGUCAUGAAAAUAGUGCUACGAAUUCCGUUGAACAAGAGUUGCUGUUUGUUGGUUCUGAGGGUGGGAAACUAUUAGCCAUAAGAGAUAUGGUACGCAAAGGACUGAAACCACCCGUGUUGGUUUUUGUGCAAAGCAAAGAACGUGCUAAGGAACUCUUCCAGGAGUUGCUCUAUGACGGCAUCAAUGUCGAUCUCAUACAUGCUGAUCGUUCACAGCAGCAACGUGACAAUUGUGUACGCGCGUUUCGAGAAGGUCAUAUUUGGGUGCUAAUAUGUACCGAACUAAUGGGUCGUGGCAUAGAUUUUAAAGGUGUCAAUCUGGUCAUCAACUACGAUUUUCCACCAUCAGUGAUAUCGUAUAUACAUCGUAUUGGUCGUACUGGCCGAGCGGGCAGAAAUGGUAAGGCCAUAACAUUCUUCACGCAAACUGACACGCCAAAUUUAAGAAGCAUUGCAAAUAUUAUUAAGGAAUCCAAUGGGAAAGUGCCCGAUUUCAUAUUAGGUAUGAAGAAACAACGGAAAAGCGAAAGAAAGUGGCUGGAAAGCCAUGCGCCCAAACGUGAUAGUAUAUCAACUCGUAUAUCGAAGAAUGUGGAAAAGGAAAAAGAUAAUGUUGAGAAAAAUACAAAACCAAUGGCGAAAAAACGUAAGGCCAGUGCUGAAUUUGAUAAAAAGACUAGCAAAACGAAAUUGAACACGAAAAAGUCUUCUAAUUUAAAUUGAAAAAACAGUAAUAAUAAGUUCUAAGAAAUAUUUUCACAUAA